AUGCCUUGCCAGCACCCUGAGCACAUCCUUGAUUUAAUGAACUUAUUUGUGUGGCUGAAAUUUACAAGAUUGGCCAUGCUCCUUCCUGUGCGCCUCUUCCUGAUCAACAUUUGGCUGUUUUUUUUUUUACCAUCCCAGUUAAUGCCAUCCCAGUUUCCUCAGAGACUGUGGGACCAGUUUUCCCCUGGGAGAAGGAAAGUGGAUGGCUGUGAGUCUAUCUCGGGGCCCGAGGGGAAAAAAAAAGCACGUGUCAAGGAUGCUGAUUUUCUUACCAGGGCUCUUUACAGUAAAUCCUUGCCAUCGGUAAGCCCGGAAAAUGAACCUUUUUGGUAG